UUUUCAUUACACCGAUUUUUACAGAAAAUAUAUUAAAAACCCACCAAUCAGGCCUGCCUUCCCUUCCUAGACAUAUAAAUCAUUGGCCAUUUGAUCCCCAACAUUUUAUUCAAUUAUUCAGGCCACGUUUAUGUUAUAAACCAUCAUUCUACUUAUCCCUCUGUAAACACCACAUCUCUUUUCACCCAUUUUAACCUCCAAAAAUAUUUUUUUUCCAUUGGGGUUUGAGAUUUUAGUUGAAAAUAUGGCUUCGAUGUUGAGUUCUCAAGGAAUGGUGUUAGCCACAGCUAUGGCAGUCUCUGGCACUGUAAUUCUACUUGCUUUUCGUCUUCAGAAAUCUUUGGAUCAAAUCUCACUGCCUUCUCAACAAGCCCUCCGUUCCUGCAUAUCUUCUGAAGGGAAGAAGAAGACGAAGAAGAAGAAAGUGCACUUUGCUGAGGAUGUGAUGGAUCCAAGGAGCGAUGGUGCAGAGUUCAGGAAACAGCUGAAGAAUCGUGUUAGAAUCAACAAUUCAGCGGCGUCGGCUUUGAAUUCUACACCGAAGUUCAAGAAAUUUGGUGGAGGUAAAGAUAGAGGAAUUCCUGCUAAUAGAGUUGCUCUGUACAAUGGAAUUCUCAGGGAUCGUGGUGUUCAACGAUUAGCUUACUCGUACUGAAAAACAAAUUAGAUGGAAAAAAACACAG